AUGCCUCGUCCAAAGAAAUCGAGUCUGCCAAAGCAGAAAACAACCCUGCUCAGCUUCUGGCAGCCUAGCAGUGUGCCCAGCCCACCGACGCCAAGCAGUACUGAUCCGUCAGUUGUCCCCCAGAAGCCAUUUCUGUCCCAGCGGAAAACUCCAUCGAGAUUUCUGAUCUUGCCAAGAAAGUGGCCUGUCUUGUGCCGCAAGGCCUCCAUUCUGGGCUUGACGCACUGGACUGGUCUGGUGAAGUUUGGGUUGCGAAAUCUGGUCCCAGAGGUGAAUCGAACUGUCCUGAGUCGCAAGGCUAUAAUUCUUAUCUUUCUACUAAAGCUUGUUCCAGCCGCGAUACAGAUGCAGGUACUCUUUUCCGGAUAUAUCCAGUCCUCGAUGAGACACCGGCACUUUGAUGACGAGAAAUACCAAACCUUCGAGGAUGCGACACACGAAAGCCUCGAUGAUGAGACACAUCAAGACCUCGAUGAUAAGGUAUCGAUUCAUUACCGAGGCUCUGAAGAGGUCGUUGAUUCAGAUGAGAUCUCUGCUAAGGCGGAUCUCUCCAAUGGAAAGGGCCGUGGCAAAUCCGCCCCAACCUCUACUAAAUGGACACCGCAUGGAAACCCGAUGGACAUCACCGGUCAGGAAGAUCCAUACGAAGAGUGUGAUGAGGAAUGGAAAGGCAAAGCUCCCAUGCGUGAGUUCGAUAUCUUGUCAAAUGAACGGCAAGGCUCCCAUGCGUGCGUCUAA